CUUGCAGAGAGAGAGGGAGGGAGGGAGAGAGAGAGAGAGAGAUAGAGAGAGAGAUAGAUAGAGAGAGAGAGAGUAAAAAAGGCAGACUGGACAGUAUUGUGCAGAAGGGACUCUAUGUUAUGAGGCUGCCAUGAAAUGAACAUCAAACGUGAAUUGUUUUCCGAUCCACUGAAGAGCGCUGCUGAAGAGGAGUGGUCAGGAAGGAAGAUUAUCAUUAUGCACUUUUAGAUCAACGUCGCCUCCAACGCAGCAAGGCAACCUCGCAGAGCCUCAAGUGCGUUUAAUCCACGAAGAGGAAGAAGUUGAGUCAGGCGGGCAAUGAUUCGCAUCUGAUUGUUGCUCAACUACUCCGGAGAGGACUGCAGACGGGCAAAUCGCUGCAUUGUGGCAACGGAGACGCUGAUUGCUGCUCGAGGAUUGCACAAUCCCAUUCUCCUCAACAUGUCAUCUCAGGCGAAAGUCAAGAAGGACAAAGAGAUUAUUGCCGAAUAUGAGACCCAAGUGAAAGAGAUCCGUAACCAGCUGGUGGAGCAGUUCAGAUGUCUGGAGCAACAGUCAGAGUCCCGGCUGCAGCUGCUGCAGGACCUUCAGGAGUUCUUCCGCAGAAAGGCCGAGCUCCAGCUUGAGUACUCAAGAGGCCUGGACAAGCUGGCUGAGCGCUACUCCGCCAAGAUCCGCACCUCCAGAGAGCACCAGCACUUCAAAAAGGACCAGAAUCUCCUGUCCACUGUGAACUGCUGGUAUUUGGUCCUGGACCAGACCAGGCGGGAGAGCAGAGACCACGCCACUCUGAGUGACCUCUACAACAACAACGUCAUUGUUCGCCUGGCACAUGUGGGCGAGGAUGUCAUCAGACUUUUCAAAAAGAGCAAAGACAUCGGAGUGCAGAUGCAUGAAGAGUUAGUGAAAGUCACAAAUGAGCUCUACACUGUGAUGAAGACUUACCACAUGUACCACACCGAGAGCCUGAGUGCCGAGAGCAAGCUGAAGGAGGCAGAGAAACAGGAAGAGAAGCACAUCGGAAAAGCCAAUGACAUCAGCUCGAGCCUUCUGCGGUACGGUCUGGAUGAACGUCCACAGCGACGGAGCUCCGUCAAGAAGAUGGAGAAAAUGAAGGAGAAGAGACAAGCCAAGUACUCUGAAAACAAGCUGAAAUGCACUAAAGCCCGCAACGACUAUCUUCUCAAUCUGGCAGCCACCAACGCCCUGGUGGCCAAAUACUACAUCCACGAUGUCUCAGACAUGAUAGAUUGUUGUGACUUAGGUUUUCAUGCAAGCAUGGCUCGCACCUUGAGAACCUACCUGUCUGCAGAGUACAGUCUGGAGACUUCUCGCCACGAGGGCCUGGACUUGCUGGAGGGAGCAGUAGAUGCCAUGGACAUCAGAGGAGACAAGCUGAAGUUUAUGGACAUGCACUGCCAGAUCUUCUGUCCUCCAGCUCGCUUCGACUAUCAGCAACACAUGGGGGAUGAGGUGUGUCAGGUGAGUGCACAGCAGCCUGUCCAGACAGAGCUCUUAAUGCGGCAUCACCAGCUGCAGUCUCGCCUGGCCACGCUGAAGAUAGAGAAUGAAGAGGUGAGGAAGACUCUUGAUGCUACCAUGCAGACCCUUCAGGACAUGCUCACAGUGGAAGACUUUGAUGUGUCAGAGGCUUUCCAGCACAGCCAAUCCACAGAGUCGGUCAAAUCAGCCUCCUCUGACUCCUACAUGAGCAAGGCCAACAUCAGUAAGAGACGAGCCAAUCAGCAUGAGACCGAGGGCUUCUACUUCACUAAAUACAAGGAGUACUUAAAUGGCAGCAACCUCAUUGUCAAACUGCAGGCCAAGCAUGACCUUCUGAAGCAGACACUAGGAGAAGGGGAGAGGGCUGAAUAUGGAACAACAAGGCCCCCCACUCUUCCCCCUAAACCCCAGAGAAUGCGGAAGUCUAGACCUCGCUCCGUUUUUAACCGUAAGCUGUUUAACGGCAAUAUGGAGGCCUUCAUUCAGGACUCAGGGCAGCCCAUACCAGUGGUUGUUGAGAGCUGCGUUCGCUACAUCAAUCUGUACGGUCUUCAGCAGCAAGGUAUAUUUCGAGUUCCAGGCUCCCAUGUCGAAGUCAACGACAUUAAGAAUGCAUUUGAAAGAGGAGAGGAUCCACUCGUGGAUGAUCAGAGCGAUCAUGACAUCAACUCUGUGGCUGGUGUUCUUAAGCUCUACUUCAGGGGUCUGGAAAACGCGCUGUUCCCUAAAGAGCGUUUCCUCGACCUCAUAUCCACAACCAAGCUUGACUCUGGUGCAGAAAGAGCUCAUCACCUCCAGCAGAUCGUUGUGACUCUUCAGCGGCCUGUGAUCAUCGUUAUGAGAUACCUGUUUGCAUUUUUAAAUCAUCUCUCUCAGUACAGUGAUGAGAACAUGAUGGACCCUUACAACCUGGCUAUAUGCUUUGGUCCCACACUGAUGCCGAUACCAGAUGACCAGGACCCUGUGUCCUGUCAGGCGCAUGUUAAUGAGGUCAUCAAGACUGUUAUCAUCCACCAUGAGCUCAUCUUCCCGGCCCUGCGAGAGUUAGAGGGACCUGUGUAUGAAAAGUGCAUGGCUGGUGGGGAGGAGUACUGUGAAAGCCCCCACAGUGAGCCAGGAGCUCUUGAUGAGGUAGACAACGGUACAGGACCCAACACUAGCGAUGAAGAGUUGGAGCAGAUCGAGGCCAUAGCCAAGUUCGACUAUGUCGGCCGGAGUCCUCGAGAGCUUUCCUUUAAGAAAGGAGCCUCUCUCUUGCUGUACCUGCGAGCCUCUGAGGACUGGUGGGAGGGUCGACAUAAUGGCGUUGAUGGGCUGAUUCCACAUCAGUACAUUGUGGUUCAAGACAUGGAUGAUGCAUUCUCAGAUAGCACACAGAGGAGUGAUAGCACAGCCAGCAGUGGACCACACCACGACGAAAGAGCUGGAUCUAGAAACGAGCACCAGUCUCCUGGCGAAAACACACCUGAGCACCGGUUUAGAGUAGCAUUGGGAAGGGUGAGGGUGCGAUCAGAUGGAGCUGUAGGCCCUCGCCACAGGAACAACACUGACAGUCACAGCCCCAGCAGAGCUGCAGACCUGCCCCCCAGAGUUAUGCCUCGGCCCUGCAGCCCACACAAAAUAUCAGUUAGCAGGGGUCCGACGGACAGCCCCGAGAAACGCCGUCUCACCACAUUUGGCAGUGCCGGCUGCAUCAACCACCCGGACAGAAAGGCCUUCAUCGAAAGCCACUCUCAGCGAUCCUCACCCAGCACCACUCGGCAUGCAAGUUUAGGAGAUCACAAAACUCUGGAGGCUGAGGCUCUAGCUGAGGACAUCGAGAAAACAAUGAACACAGCUCUUCAUGAAUUGCGUGAGCUGGAGCGACAGAAUGUAGCUAAGCAUGCCCCUGAUGUUGUUUUGGACACACUGGAGCCCCUCAAACACCCCAGUGGAGGCCAGGACCCGCCUGGCAGCCCUCUGCAUACCAUGGUGAUCAGAGACCCAGAUGCAGUCCAGAGACGCAGCAGCAGUAGCUCCUCCUCUGAGACCAUGACCACUUUUAAACCUGCUCUGUCAGCACGCAGACCAAACGCACCUCUAAGACCCCCACCUGUCAGACCCGUCCGGCCAGCUCCUGUGAUUGGACAGGGUCAGGUACCACCCCGCUCCAGCAGCUCUAGUUCCUCUGGUCUAGGCAGCCCAGGCAUCACACCGACUGACAGGAUCUUUCCCAAACCUCCCUCCCCUUCUCCAUCCACCUCCUCCUCCUCCUCAGACAAACAAGGUAACAUGUAGCUCCAGUCAGACACAAGUCAAGUGGUGGAAGAACAUUGCUGUUAACUGAGUGAUUUGACACCUGGUCUGUAUGCUGAAUAUUUACCAGUAAUCUUGUACAGUGUACGACAGCUAUGGCUGGCGUCUGAAAGCUUGUUGGUGGACAUGUCGAUGUGCUCUUUUGCAAUAUUAUACAUGAAUGGGAUUUAAAUGUAUGAAAAAAAUAAUUGUAUACAAUGAGACAUGCUGGAAAUAAGGGAUGCACUGGAAAAUAAUUCUGACUGAAAUCCUACAAUGGAAAUUCUCAUCAUGUUGUUUACAAAAAUGAAGAGAACUAAGGAUUUAUAUCUGGUUUAAUGGUCAAUAAGAAAAAACUAUAUUUUACAACUGGUCCCAUAGACAUCCAGUCUAGUUGCUGGUGGUUAAUGUAAAAUAUAAAAGUAUAAGUCCUCAGCUAUACCACGGAAAUUCUUUGGAGAGUCCACAUGGAAAGCACAUUACAGCGAGUUUAAGAUUUAAAUACCAUGACUGUGUACAAAAUCACCCACUAUAUCUACUAUACAGUAUAGGAUACUAUAUUAGCUCUCUGCCAUUUGAAUUAAGUGUCUGAAUUCUGAGUGGGACACUUUACAUCAAUGUAUCCUUUUAAAAAAUAACAACAACAGAACUUAACUAAACAUUUUGUGUGCAAUGCAUGCAAGUUUUCUCUGUAAAUGAUCCCACAUUGGAAUGUUACAUUACAUUUUUAGAUUCAUAAAUAACCGUCAUGUGAUUCUACACCUGUUUGUGAUCAAUAAAAAGAACAGUGGGUUGUGGGAGAUACAUGUAUUGUUUGCUAUUAAACAACAAUUAGUGUCUUUUAUCUAAGGAGAUGUGAGUAUGCGAACAGGGAGUGAUUUCAGACACAGUCCAUGGCUAAAUUAUAAGACCACAUUAAGCUGCAGUUUUUUUAGUGUCCACUAGAUGCCGUCUAUAAAGAAAUUGCAUCUGUUUUUGGACCUCCAUUUAAAAAAAGAAACUGAUUUUGGCAUCAGUGACUGGUGCAGUUGUAGCAGACAGCAGUCUGCUUCAGUUUUCACCUCAUUCCACCUACUCACAUACAGCUCAUUCCACCUACAACACCAUCCCAUGAUUACUGAGGAUUAAGGGAUAAAAGCAACACCUAGACAGUACCAACUUUCAGCGGGAUUACCUUAUUUUUCUUCCAACAUACCAAAUGGAAUAGUUUUAAAAAAAUGCUAUAAUUAUACAAAACUUCUACACAAAAUAUCUUGAUCUACAUGGAAAUAUACUAAUUAAAAAAAAAAUCUCCAAUACAUUUUUUCUACAAGAAGAAUAAGGAGGUCCAAUGCAAAUGUCCCUGUAAAACUAGCCAGAGGUCAGCGCUGUGGUUUCAGCUUAGGUAUGUCAGCACCUAAAGCACAAAUGCAGUCAUGCCAGUAGGUGGCCAGGAUUACCAUCAGUGGUAGCAUGACUGGCCACUAGCCUGGUUAACUGGUAGCAAUGGAGCAGCACAAAGCAAUUGCAUCCUUAAACUGAGCCUCUCUUUGUGACAUUUUCUCAGAAGUGGACCAGGACUGCUGCUAACCCACUGGGACUCUGAUAUUUGGCACAUUCAAAGUCCAAACGGGGUUUUCCUUGGCUCUAGAGGGAUGAAGUUUUACAGACACAUUGAGAAUUGAGUGUACAUUAUAGACAUAUCAUCCCUAUAACUAACACAAGAAGAUAAAAUAAUUCUGUUCUUACAUAGUCCGCUCUCUAUAAGAAAACAUAAGUUGUGUUACCUCAAAAAAGUAAAACGUUCUCCUACAAUUCAAUUCAAUUCUAAUGCACUUCUAAAUACUACAGGGAACUGUGCUGCAUUUGUAGGUCCUGUGUUUUCAUUUGGAUGAAGUUGUACUAGAAACAUGAUAUAGCACAUCAAUAUCAUUGAAGAUUACAUAAUGUCUAGAUUGCACACAGUCAGUCCAGGCUGUGUUGGUGUUUAGAUGAACUUGUUUACGAUUGGUGGUAUUUGUCUGUCUUAUAAGGAUGAUCAAUAUAUCUUUAAAGUGUAAUAGGUACAUUGGAGUGAAUAUAUACAUGCUCUUACAGGAUACUUGUACAAAUAACAUUGUAUGAUAGGAACAGGAUAUAUUAUCAUGUCUAGUCUGUAGAUUUUUCUUACUCUUAUCCUUGCACAAACAUUAACAAAACAAUAAAAGAAUGAAACCU